AUGCAGAUUACCAAUGAGGUUUGCUUAAAUCCGAGCAAAGUCCACAAAAAGUUCCACAGGGAUGUGCUGGGCAAAGGCCAGAGCCCCAGAAGAGAGCUAAUGCGGACUCGAGCUGCCGCCGUGCUACAGGGUCCGGCUGUGUCUGUGGGCCGAGCCAUGAGCUCCGUGACCUCAGCCUUCUUGCGGGAGCUCCCCGGCCUGUUCUGGUUCGUGGGGAUCUUUCUGCCUGUGGCUUUGCUGCUGCUUCUGCUCAUUGCCUGUUUCAUGAUGGAGCUGACGGAGGUUCAUAGAACACCAGCUCAGUUUCCUGAUCGUCAGUGUAAAUGCAAGAUUGGCCAUUCACCUUACCGGAGAAUGAAACGAGCAUGACUGUUGGGAAGACACAGUGAAAUGCUACUUGUCACAGAGCAACGGUCAGCAGAGAGCCAGAGGAGCCCGAAGAACACACUGGCAAGUGGCAGUGACAAGUGAUCCCAGAGGACUUCUGUGGGACUCGGGUUCAGUGACAGUUCUUCCCAAAGUGCCACAACCAGAAUGUUUCUUCAGUAUGUGCUCUGUAAUGCCCAGAUGGUAAUAUUUUAACUUUUAUUGUGACUAUUUGAGGGGAAGGAUUUUAAAAUGAAAUGCUUGGGCAUCACUUUUCUAGGAACUCUGUGGAUGUUCAUGGUAUUCUGACUUCAAAGGUGAAAAAACCUGAGAAAUAAGGUGAUUAGUAAGAUUGGAGAGCUGAGCGUGGAGGCGUGUGCCUUUAAUCCCAGCACUCAGGGGGCAGAGAUAGGAGGAUCAGCAUGAGUUUGAGGCCACCCUGAGACUACAUAGUGAGUCCAGGUCAGCCUGGGCUAGAGUGAGACCCUACCUUGAAAAACAAAAACAAAAAAGAUUCGACAAAGUGGCCCAGCUGGAGAGACAGCACUUGUCUGCAAAGCUAAAGUACCCAAGUUCAAUUCCCCAGGACCCAUAUAAAGCCAUAAAUACAAGGUGGUACAUGUGUCUGGAGUUCAUUUGCAGUGGAUGGAGGUCCCAGUGUGUCCAUUCUCUAUCUGCCUCUCAUUCUCUCUAGAAACUAUUAAAAAAAACAAAAAACUAAAGAUGGGAGAAAGCUUUAUGGAUGCUCCACAUAAGGACCCUUUGAGCUGGCCCUAUAGAUCAGCAACUAUUACGUGACAGCUUCUGGUAGCAUGUCUAGACCUGAGCUUGUGUCCUUCCUUUUCCCAAUUGCAUUGACAGUUCAUCAUUAUGACAGGCCUUAUGAAACAAGUGGACUUGCAUACUAGGUAUGCAUUGACUGUAGCUCUCAGCAUGAUGGAAAUAUUGAAGGUAGUAUUGGGGAAAGAAGAGAAUCUUCAUCAAAUUCCCAAGAAUAAUUUGAGCCUUUGCCUAUAAAAGCCAAAACAUUAGGAAGCUAUUUCUAAAACAGAAGUCCCAAGUUCAUGAGCAAAUGAUGAUGAUGAUUAUUGUGGAAGUCCUAAAGAGCCAACACACAUAAAGGAAAAAGAAAUAUCGAAUUUAGGAUAGUUAUUAAAAUAAAUUAUGGUCA